CUUUAUUUGGGUUGCUUCCACAACCGGAUGUGACGACACAAACAGGCUUUACGUCAAAAAAUCUCGGACGUUAACGUAACGUAACGUGAUGACGUCGCCGACUUUAGCGCUGGUCCCGGAGCUCUGAGCCGGAGACUGAGAGAGGGGGAAAGGAGGCAGACGGGGCGCAGAGAGGCUGAUGAGGAGAGAGGAUGAACCGGCCGAGGGAGCGGCAGCAUCAGGACCGCAUCCUCGUAUCGACCGAAUCCCGGCGGUUUGAGCCAAACGACCACAAACGAGAUUUCUGUCACCACCGAGCGGCUUUAAAACUGACUAACGGACUUUAACGGCUCGGCGGACUCCAACGGCCGAAGAGCUAACGUCUGAAAACUAAAACUGAGAUUUAUUCCGAGUUGUUUUUACACGGGAAGUGGAUGUUAAUGUAUAUAUUUGUUUAAUUAUUUUUUUAUUUUUAUUAUCUUGAAUUAAAGUUCACACCAGCCAGCCAACGGAAUAUUCAAGUAGGCUAACAUCAAACAUUAAAAGCUUAUUUAGAGACUAUUUUAACGUUUUUUUUUCUUUUUCUUUUUUUGACGUUACUUUUAUCUCGACGAUACGUUGGAUUUAAAACCAAAACUUCCAAACCACCGGGUUCAUUUGGAUAUAAAUCAAGCUCCCUCUCUGGCUCUCUCUCUCCGAGUUUAACCCUCCGUAAUCCUGCAUCACCGCGGAGUUUCAUUGAGCUAGCGGCGCCCGCUGCUGCUAGCGCUAUGCUAAGCUAGCGGUGUGUUCCCUGUUAUCAUGCAUGCACAGACACGUUUGCUCGGAUGAAACCAACACCCUGCCCGAAAAAGGAAAAAAGAAAAGAUGCACCCGGCGAAGGGCAUGACACCAGCCCCGACAGUAACAACAGCAACAACAACAACAACAACAACAACACAGCGAGACAUGUCGGACUGAACUCACCGACGACGAGCAGCGGAGCGUCUUUAUUUAGAGGGAGAGCGGAUCAGAAAAGCUCGGAGCUUCACGCCGCCCUCAGGAGACCGGGAUCACUUUCGACUCGCUGCAGCAGAGGAUCCAGCUAAAAUGGGAGAGCAGCCGAUCUUCAGCACCCGGGCCCACGUCUUCCAGAUCGACCCAAACACCAAGAAGAACUGGGUUCCCACGAGCAAACACGCCGUCACCGUCUCCUACUUCUUCGACAGUACCAGGAAUGUCUAUCGAAUCAUCAGCCUGGACGGAUCCAAGGCCAUUAUCAACAGCACCAUCACCCCCAACAUGACGUUCACCAAGACAUCGCAGAAGUUUGGCCAGUGGGCCGACAGCCGGGCCAACACGGUGUACGGCCUGGGCUUCUCCUCAGAGAGUCACCUGGUGAAGUUUGCAGAUAAGUUUGCGGAGUUCAAGGAGGCGGCGCGUCUCGCCAAGGAGAAGUCUCAGGAGAAGGUGGAGCUCACUAGCACCCCCUCUCAGGAGUCGGCUCCAGGAGACCUCCUGUCUCCUCUGACGUCAGAGAGCAUCAACGGUACCGACGAUGAGCGAGUCAUCCCCGUCCCCCCCCAGCACAUGGAGGCCAGAGCAGAGCCUUCCCAGAAUGCACUGCCCUUCCCACACAGAGACACCACGGAGCAGAUUGACCCGUGUCCUCCUCGGCCCGUCUCCGCCUCCUCCAGCAUCAACAAGCACUGGGAGGCGGAGCUAGCGGCGCUGAAGGGGAACAACGCCAAACUGACGGCGGCUCUGCUCGAGUCCACGGCCAACGUCAAGCAGUGGAAGCAGCAGCUGGCGGCGUAUCAGGAGGAGGCGGAGAGGCUGCACAAGAGGGUGACGGAGCUGGAGUGUGUGAGCGGACAAACGACGGCCAUCAAAUCCCAGAAGACAGAGCUCAACCAAACGAUAGAGGAGCUGGAGGCGGCUUUAAAGGCCAAAGAGCAGGAGCUGGAGAGACUCAAAGCGGAGGUGGAAAGCGCCACAGAGUUUAAAACGCAGAAAGACUCACUCGCACAGAAACUACAGGACACGGAGUCGAGGAACCAGGAGCUGGAGGCUCAGCUGAGCGACCUGGAGCAGCGGCUGGAGAGCAGCCAGCUGGAGAGGGAGACUUUCCGCAAGAGCCUGCGCUCUCUGCUGGAGCUGCUGGACGGGAAGAUCUUCGAGCUGACGGAGCUGAGGGACACGCUGGCCAAACUCAUCGAGGGAAGUUAGACGCUCUGAACAUCUCCACUUGAAUUCUUUCUUCUUCUUCUUCUUCUUCUUUUUUCUCUCCACAUGUUCACGUGUAAAAGUUUACACACGACUUUAUGCAUCAGCGGUUUCACACACUCUCUCUCUCGCUACGUCCGUGCACUCAGAUCGUUUACAGCCAAGUGAAGCCUUCCCUCCGCUCCACUCUGGAACAUCUACUCAUCCACUUUCACCACCACCGAGUCUUCUUCUACUCUUUCACUAAUUUAUUUAUAAAAUACCAAAUUAACUAACUCCCUCCACUUUGUUGGGGUUUUUUUUUUUUUUUUUUUUGUGAACUCUUGGGAUGUUAAUCCAUUGGAGGGACUUGCCAAACGAGGCCGGGAGGACGUCGCCACAUCUUUUUAUUCUUACGACACUUAAACGAGCAAUACAAGUAAAGAAAACACUAAAAAAAAAAAAACAAAGGGAGCAUCAGAGGGUUAACGAACACUUUCCACUCUCACUUUCAGGUAAUUUUACUCGUCUCUCGGACACGUUUCAAACCACAAGCGAGGCGGGAUUUUAUCUUUCUUUGGACUUUUUAUUUUUUAAACGGAUUCAUAGUGCACUUGUAAUAAUGGAGUCAGUGUGUAUGUGCGUGCGUGAAGCAGAUACUUUUCUUUCCCACUCUCGUCGAAGUGCAAUCCUUUUAUUAUUAUCGUUAUUGUUAUUUUUGUUUAUUUAUUACUAAAGUUACAGACGGUUAAUGGAUUAAUUGCAGCCAUUUCUUUACAUCUGGUUUCGAACCUUUUUUUACGGUGCGUUCGCGUUGGGAGGACGAUGGUUCAUGAGGAAAUAAAAUGGCAAUAUAUUUUUAAAUAUUUAUGAGAGGAAAAGGAAAAAAUCAAAUAGUUUUCUUUUGCCAAAUAAUGUUUUCCUGUACAGAUUAGAUUUCACUUGUUUUUUGUUGCUCAUGUUGCCUUUGGUACAGAGAUGCAUCAAUGGUAGCGAACAUAACGGUACUUUUUUAUUUUUCUUUGUGGGACUUUAAACUGUUGCCAAAAAAUGAGAGGAUCGUGGUUUAGUUUGGACACAUGAAGAAAACUAAUUUAAGGGCUUGUUGUUGUCGUUGUUGUUGUUGUUGGGAGAUUUUUGGAUGAUUUUUCUUUUUUCUCUUUUUUUUUUUUUGCGGUGACUGAAAAUUUAACAUAUUACAGCCAGAAAAGGGGGUAAAAAAAAAUUAAAAAUAGAAAAAACUUUGAAUAAGAAACUCUUUUAAUUGUUGAUUAUAUCACAUGCUUAAAAAAAACAACAACAAUCACAAAUUGUAAUUUUCAGUUUAUAGUAAAAGAAAAACAAAAUGAAACGUGUGUGAUUGUGUCUUUAUUUGCCCCAAAUUCAUUAUUAACACUUCCCGUUUGCUAUUUAUUAUUACAGGUACGAAAAAAUAUCAUUUCAUCUUUUUAAUACUUAUAUUUUUACAAAAUGUCACAAUUCUUGGGCAAGUUCUGGUUUGUGUUUGAUUUUUAAGCAGAUUCACAGACAUGUUUGCUGACAUUUUAGAAACUAAAGUGCGCUGAAUUUGCUGGUAUGAGCCCCUGGUGGUUAACUGGACACGGAUGUUUCUGACAACCCUGAAUUAAAUUAACUUUAAUCAUGAAUAAACUGGAAAACUGACAUUUUUUCUUAGGCGAGUUCAGAACAUGUCCAGUGAUUUCUACACGAGUUUAGAGACGUUUAUUUGUGUUUUUGUUUAUGUUUUGGAAAAUCAACUACGCCGAAUUCACUAUUAGGAGUUAUUACUUACUGUUUACUAGGCGACAUACUGACAAAGGUCAAUUUAUUAUUGUCGCAAAUAAAAAUAAAAAAAUGUGACGAUUCUCAAGCAAAUUCAGGGGGCGUCUUUUUUUUCAGCACAUUUGGCGCGAUUUUCCACGUUUAUCUGUAAAUACCUGUUAACAUUCUUGUAAAAAUACUUUGCCGAAAUCACGACUAGCAGUUUCUGAACGACAUAUUUACGUGUCUUUUCUGAUAACGGAAGUUUAAUAACUUUAAUAUUAAAGAAAACCUAAAAACCCGACAAAUCUCAACGAAGUUCUGGGGCUUCUCUCUCGGAUUUCUAAGCGAGCGUCUUUUUUCUCUGACUUCUAAACAGGUUUGUGGAUGUUUACUUCAAUGGAGACCAGAAAUAGCGGUAUCCUCGAAUAGACCGAGUCACCCUGAAUCUAUAAAUAUGUGUAUAAUACCCGUGUGUCAAGAUUUUAAUCGGUUACGAGUGUUUUAUUUAAACGUAAAACAGCUGAAACUCACCACUGUUGAUUCUUGGUCGUUUGUGCGCAGGCGCAGUGAGGCGGUUUAAAAAUGGCUGCGUUCCUUUUAGAAAAUCCAGCUUCAAGAUCUUAAACAUGUUAAAAAAAAUGGAUCGAGACAUUUUGGUGCUUCAUUUUAUUUUAAAAGGGGGGAAAUAAUGUAUAUGUAUAUUUAUAUAUAAUUGGGAUAUAGAAAGCAGGAAGGAAUGUCAUGAUAGGAAACAAAAAGAGAAAAAAAAACAUAUAAAGUACAUUUACAUUUGUUUUAAAAAUUCUUUAAAAUGUGAAGUUUCAAUAAAUACUUCAAUACAUUUAGGCAUGCGGAUAUAUUUUUUUUUCUUUCUCAUGAUUUACAUUUCAUUACAGUAUAAUUCAAUAAAACCACUGUUUUCCAUCUUCAUUAUUGCACUUACGUUGUGAUGGGUUUGUCCUCAAACGUGCGUAAGGUCUGAAACGGUCAAAGGUGACGAUGACGAAGGGAAAAUCGAUGCGUUAGAGGUUAAAAAGUUUCACUCGACUCUCAUCUAAACUAAGGCUGUAAAAUAAAAGUGACCCUGCUGUUAGCUUAGCUUAGCAUAAAGUGUUAAAUCAGAAGGGAAACAGCUUAAGAAAUGGCUUGAAACUAGAAAAUCAACUAAAUUCCUCAAAUUUUUCAAAAGCCAGAUUAGAAAUUAUUAAAUCCUCAUCACUGAUAACUAACAAUUAAUUACUUUGAUAAGGAGGUGAACAUUAAAAUGUUAUUUCUAUGACAUAUCUAGGAAGGUUUUCCUACAAUACCCAUAAGCCCCAGUGGUAUCAGAGCAGCAUGUUUGUAGGCUAAAGCGUGCGGCGGCCAUCUUUGUUUCUUUCAGCUACACAGGCACAAGUUUGUGAAUGAAAAUCUCUGUGUUAUCACUCAGUAAACGAUAGUUUUUUCCCCAAAAACGUCUAAUAUUUUUUUUUUUUGAGGGGAGUUUGUAAAAAAAACACAAGUUAAUUUUACUUUAUGGGAAACUGAUGGUUUGGCACAAACUGGGCGGAGCAGAAAGGCAGAUGUUGUUGCUGUUUAACCCCUUCCCGGUCUUUAUGCUAAGCUAAUAUAAGCUAAUGGAAAAUAAAACCAAACUAUUGAACCAUUCUUUUAAAUUAAGCCGUUAAAAAACAAGUCUGACAACAGAUAUAUCUAUAUAAUAAUAAUAA